AAUCUGGAACAUUUGUCUCAGAAUAUGGGAGUGAUAAGAUUCACUUGUUUCAUUAACCCCAUUGGAGGGAAAGCCCCAAAUUCAAGUAACGGCAGCCACCCUUCAAAUCCAAAGCUGCCUCCGCUCCUUUCCGUUUCAAAGUCAUCUUGGGUCGUCAGAACUGAGUCUAAUGUUCGCAAAGAAAGAAGAAAGCAGCCAGAUCCUGCUUGUGUUGUCUGUAGAGGGAAUGGCAGAGUGGAGUGCUACGAUUGCCAUGGCAGAGGGAGGACUAACUUUGUGCACCUAGAAGUGCUUCCAGGCGGAGAAUGGCCAAAAUGGUGCAAGACUUGUGGUGGAAGUGGGCUUGGCUACUGUUCUCGUUGCCUUGGGACAGGUGAAUACCGAUAUAUAAUGGGAUUCCAUUUCAUGAGACGGGAAACUGAUGAACCAGAAGGUAUAUAGUGAUCAAGCUGACAUCAAAAUAGGGCAGAGUAAUCCAGCAAUCUGCUUCUAGAAGAUCAGCGAUUGGACUUUCUUGCUGCAGUUUGAACCAAAUUGCGGAUUAAUGUUUCUCACAAGAGCAAGGUGGGCUUACACUUGGUGCAGCAGUGGAGGUUAUUUAGUUGCAUAACUAGAAUGCUACAUAAUGUAAUUAAUUACAAAAAAGAAGUGAAAUUGGUGUAGCUAACCUGCUACUAGAGUUUACUGUUAUGCUGAUAGUUUCUAGUGAGGAGUAGCUGCUUAUGGUUCCACAUGGAACUGUGUUCUUGGAACACUAUCUAAUGAUUUUUGUGAACUGUCUGGCUGGAAAUAUUCUCAAUAUAUGAAAAAUCAAGUUACAAGAUA